CCGCCGCCGCCUCGGCCGCCACCGCCGCGAGCUCGACCGCCAGUGUUCCGGGGACUUUGGGUGUCCGGGUUGAAGGUCGGUCCGGACGUCGGACCCAGCUCGGUUCCCGGACUGUCCGGGCGGCAGCGGACGCCGCCGCCGCCGCCGCCGCCUCGUCGCCUCAGCCUGGCGUUUUGUUCCGAGAGACCCGAGAGGCGAGCGGAGCUGACAGUGAUUUUGACAGUGAUUUAAACCCGCUUUUGUUGUUGUUGGCUUUUCGUUGUUUGGUUUUGUGUGUGGUGUUUGUGUGGCGGUUUUUCCCCCGUGGUGCAUUUUUUUUUAUUGUUGUGCUCGCUCUUUUUAUUUUUAAUUUUUUUUUCUUUUUUUGACCCCGUGAACGUUUUUUUUGGUCGGCGCUUCCGAAUAUGUUUUAUGACGGUUGAUUUUACACCAGGAGGUUUGUCUCCGAGGAAGACCCAGGGAACUGGAUAUCUAGCGAGAACUUCCUACGGCUUCCCCGGCGCCUCGGGAAAAUGGGAGCUGCUGCAAAGUUGGCGUUUGCCGUCUUUCUUAUCUCUUGUUCUUCAGAAAUGAGACCUGUGCUGGGAAAAAUCUGUUGGUCUUCACAUCUUUAUGAUACAUUGUAAAUCAAACUUGUUCCAAGGUGUGAUUUCAAGAGGAAGAAGCACGGGCAAGUUACCAGAUCUUGGUGCUAUACUUGGUAGAUCAGAAACUCAGGAGUGUAUUUUCUAUAAUGCUAAUUGGGAAAGAGAUAGAACCAAUCGAACUGGUGUUGAAUCCUGUUAUGGUGACAAAGAUAAACGGCGGCAUUGUUUUGCUACCUGGAAGAAUAUUUCUGGUUCCAUUGAAAUAGUGAAGCAAGGUUGUUGGCUGGAUGAUAUCAAUUGCUAUGACAGGACUGAUUGUAUAGAAAAAAAAGAUAGCCCUGAAGUAUAUUUUUGUUGCUGUGAGGGCAAUAUGUGUAACGAAAGGUUUUCUUAUUUUCCGGAGAUGGAAGUCACACAGCCUACUUCGAAUCCAGUUACACCUAAGCCACCCUAUUACAACAUCUUGCUCUAUUCUUUGGUGCCACUUAUGCUAAUUGCGGGGAUUGUCAUUUGUGCUUUUUGGGUGUACAGGCAUCAUAAGAUGGCUUACCCUCCUGUGCUUGUUCCAACUCAAGACCCAGGACCACCCCCACCUUCUCCAUUAUUAGGUUUGAAGCCACUGCAAUUACUAGAAGUGAAAGCAAGGGGAAGAUUUGGUUGUGUGUGGAAAGCCCAGUUACUCAAUGAAUAUGUGGCUGUGAAGAUAUUUCCAAUACAGGACAAACAGUCAUGGCAGAAUGAAUAUGAAGUCUAUAGUUUGCCUGGAAUGAAGCAUGAGAACAUAUUACAGUUCAUUGGUGCAGAAAAACGAGGCACCAGUGUUGAUGUGGACCUUUGGCUAAUCACAGCAUUUCAUGAAAAGGGUUCAUUAUCAGACUUUCUUAAGGCUAAUGUGGUCUCUUGGAAUGAAUUGUGUCAUAUUGCAGAAACCAUGGCUAGAGGAUUGGCAUAUUUACAUGAAGAUAUACCUGGCCUAAAAGAUGGCCACAAACCCGCCAUAUCUCACAGGGACAUCAAAAGUAAAAAUGUGCUGUUGAAAAACAAUCUGACAGCUUGCAUUGCUGACUUUGGGUUGGCGUUAAAGUUUGAGGCUGGCAAGUCUGCAGGUGAUACCCAUGGACAGGUUGGUACCCGAAGGUAUAUGGCUCCAGAGGUAUUAGAGGGUGCUAUAAAUUUCCAAAGGGAUGCAUUUUUGAGGAUAGAUAUGUACGCCAUGGGAUUAGUCCUGUGGGAACUGGCUUCUCGCUGUACUGCUGCAGAUGGACCUGUAGAUGAGUACAUGUUGCCAUUUGAGGAGGAAAUUGGCCAGCAUCCCUCUCUUGAAGACAUGCAGGAAGUUGUUGUGCAUAAAAAAAAGAGGCCUGUUUUAAGAGAUUAUUGGCAGAAACAUGCUGGAAUGGCAAUGCUCUGUGAAACGAUAGAAGAAUGUUGGGAUCACGAUGCUGAAGCCAGGUUAUCAGCUGGAUGUGUAGGUGAAAGAAUUACUCAGAUGCAGAGACUAACAAAUAUCAUUACCACAGAGGACAUUGUAACAGUAGUCACGAUGGUGACAAAUGUUGACUUUCCUCCCAAAGAAUCUAGUCUAUGAUGGUUGCACCGUGUGUACACACUGAGAAACAGGACUCUGAACUGGAGCUGCUAACGAAACUGCUUACAGUUUAUUUUCUGUGUGAAAUGAGUAGGAUGUCUUCUGGACAUCUCAGAAGACCCUCGUUUCAAAAGGUGGCUCUGGGAGACUUAUGGCAUUGCCUGUAGCAGAGACAUGAAGGACAUGAGACUAAGAGAAAAGUUGAAAACUCUAUAAAGAAACUGUUGAAAAAGUGUACAUGAAGAAUGUGGCCCUCUCCAAAUCAAGGAUCUUUUUGGACCUGGCUAAUCAAGUGUUUGAAAACUGACAUCAGAUUUCUUAAUGUCUGUCCGAAGACACUAAUUCCUUAAAUGAACUACUGCUAUUUUUUUUUAAAUCGAAAACUUUUCAUUUCAGAUUUUAAAAAGGGUAACUUGUUUUUAUUGCAUUUGCUGUUGUGUUUCUAUAAAUGACUAUUGUAAUGCCAAUAUGACACAGCUUGUGAAUGUUUAGUGUGCUGCUGUUCUGUGUACAUAAACAAAGUCAUCUAAGUGGGGUACAGUAAAGAGGCUUCCAAGCAUUACUUUAACCUCCCUCAACAAGGUAUACCUCAGUUCCACGGUUGCUAAAUUAUAAAAUUGAAAACACUAACAAAAUUUGAAUAAUAAAUUGACCCAUGUUUUGUAACAAGGUAUUACAAAUUCACUGUGUUAUUUAAGAAAAAAGGUAAGCUAUGCUUAGUGCCAACAGUAAGUGGCCAUUCGUAAAGCAGUGUUUUAGCUUUUCUUGUGCUAGCUUGUGAUUUAAGGGAAAAAAAGUGUUUUGAAAUGAAAAAAUGGUGUCUUUCCCCACUUUCUCCCAUGUUUUAAAGCUUCACCUUAUAUCCAGUUCCCAAAAUACUGCAUACUUACCUACGUAUUUUUUUUAGGUGUGCUGUGCUUGGGGACUAUUUGAAAAUUUAAAGCAUGAUUUAAAUUUUUUAAAGUGAGCUGUAACACUGGAAAGCUCUUCAUUUUUAUUCUUUUGAAAUAGGUUUUUUUUCCUAUUUAUAUAUGUAAAAUUGUAGUGUAUUUCUUUUCACCAAACAGUGUGUGGGACAUUCUUUAUCACUGUUUUAGGAUCACCUCAGGAAGUGUCAUUACCCAGAAUUCCUCACUCUCUGCUUUGAGACUUGUAACUUUAUCACUAUAUUUCUGCUUGGUGCCAUCUCGUCAGAGUAAUAUUUGAUGUCUGUGAUAUGUCAAGAAUUAUCCUACGAUAGAGAUUUAAAAUUUUAAGCACAGAUUUCAGAUGUUACUGCUUUAAAACAAAUCAGGGAUAACAAGUUAAACUUAUAACUUAAAAUAUGCAAUGGCAUUUAGAGGUAACCAAUGUUGAUAUAGGUAACAUAGCUUAGCCUCCUCCUGCAAAUUGCUUUUACAACUAACUCUGAUAUUAAUUUAGGAUAGUUCAUGCCUUAUCCUUGAUAAGCAAAUGGAAUUGAUGGUAGGUAGGUGCCAAAGUGCUUUUCAAAACAAUAUUACAUUAGAAUAUAAUUGGAUUCCUUCUUAAAUGUACAGGCCAAAGUAAAACAUUAAUUUCCUAAAUUUCUAGAUUACUGAUGACCAACAAAUAGCCAGUAUUAUGCUAUGUACUUUUGUCAGGUCAUUUUAAAAUCCAUACAUUAAUUUUACAAAAGAAUUUUUUACACGUCACUAUCAGGAGCUCACUGUGAAUGUGUUAUCUUGAAAUGGCUUUUUAACCACACAGUACACUACAUUUUACAUAAAACAUGCACUUAAUCUCUGGGAAUAAUAAAUUAUAUUAUUUAUAAAUAAUACAUAGGUCAACAGACUCUAAGCAGGGAGGGAAAGAAGAGCAACAGCAUUGCUGUCUGUGUGCCACACACCAUACAGAACUUUGUGCUCUUGGUCACAUAAUGUACCCAAGGCUUUGUUGUAUUUCUAAGAAUUCCCAUUUCAUUGUUGAGUUCACCUUAAUUUCAAAAAGUACUUAGCUUCUCAGUUUCUUGGUUUGGUUUUGCUUCCACUUGGAAACUGAUUUAGAAGAGAAAAUAAUGAGAAUGUUCAUACAUGAAAAUUGUUAAUUAUCCUUAAGACUAAUUUCUACCUGUUCUGAACAUUUAAUCCUGUUUUUAAAAGUUAAAAAAAUCAAAUCAAAACAAACAAGGACUAUUAUGAUGAAUGUUUGGCUUAUGUGAACACUUAGAGAUACAUUUUCUAAGACCAGUUAUUCACAACAUAAAGUUUUCUCUUCAUGUUAGAAAAAGUUUUUAGAAAUCCUGGGUAUUGUACUUAACUCUAGCUAACCAAUUUUAAAACCUGUAUCCUUUUGAGAA